UCAGCGGCGUACGUAUAGCCUUCAAUUAAUAGCGUGCACCGGCAGCAGAGCAGAUGGUGGCGCCGGACGCGCCGGGGAUGGUCGAUGGCCGCAAGACCUUGCCGGACGAGUGCAAGGCCCUGUGGCGCGUCGCGGGGCCAGUGAUCCUGACAGAGGUCUUCCAGUUCAUGAUAGGGUUCGUCACCGCGGCCUUCGUCGGGCACGUCGGCGAGCUCGAGCUAGCCGCCGUGUCCAUCGUCAACGGCGUCGUCGAGGGCCUCGCUUUCGGGCUCCUGCUUGGCAUGGGGAGCGCCCUGGAAACGCUUUGCGGCCAGGCGGUGGGAGCCGGGCAGCUGCACACGCUUGGCAUCUACUUGCAACGGUCUUGGAUCAUCUGCCUCGUUACGGCCGUGGCCCUGCUCCCGGUCUACGUUUACACGGGCCCGAUCCUCCGGCUGCUCCGGCAGUCCCCGGCCAUCUCGGCGGUGUCGGGCCGGUACGCGCGGUGGUGCGUGCCGCAGCUCUUCGCCUACGCCGUCAACUUCCCCAUGCAGAAGUUCUACCAGGCGCAGAGCCGGGUGUGGGCCAUGACGGCCAUCUCGGGCGCCGCGCUCGGCGCGCACGCGCUGCUCUGCUGGCUCGUCGUGUCCAGGCUCCGGCGCGGCGUGCUGGGCGCGGCCAUCGUCGGCAACGUGUCGUGGUGGCUCAUCAAUGCUGCGCAGUUCGUGCACAUCUUCGGCGGGUCCUUCCCGGAGGCAUGGACGGGGUUCUCGCGGAAAGCGUUCGCCAGGCUCGGUGGCUUCGUCAGGCUCUCCCUUGCGUCCGCUGUUAUGCUGUGCUUAGAGACGUGGUACUAUACGGCAGUGAUCAUUCUCGUGGGCUGUCUGAAGAACCCAGAGAUUCAAGUUGGGGCUGUUUCCAUAAGCAUGAACUAUCACAUCUGGGCACUGAUGGUAACUCUUGGUUUUAAUGCCGCCGUGAGUGUUCGCGUGGCGAACGAACUUGGCGCCAACCACCCAAAAGCAGCCAAGUUCUCGGUCGUCGUCGCCACCACCACGUCGGCCGCCAUCGGGAUGGUCUUCACGCUCAUUGCUCUCGUGGCCAGGAAGCAGCUGCCGCGGCUUUUCACUGACGACGAUCUGCUCGUCAAGGAGACUGCAAAACUGGGGUAUCUGCUGGCUGCCGCCGUAUUUCUCAACAGCAUCCAGCCCGUAUUAUCAGGGGUGGCGAUUGGGGCUGGGUGGCAAUCCUUGGUUGCCUUCGUGAAUAUCGGCUGCUACUAUCUCGUUGGCCUGCCCCUUGCAGCUGUUUUCGGCUUCAAGCUGAAGCUUAACGCAACAGGGAUUUGGGCGGGGAUGCUGAUUGGCACAAUUCUGCAGACCAUCAUUCUGUUUGUGAUCCUCUUCAGAACCAAAUGGCAGAAAGAGGUAUGUUACCAAAACAAGGAGACCUUUGAUUUUCUGGGUCUCGGCGUCGUCUGCGUCCUGCAGUGCAAAUUCCAUGGAAUCCAAGCAGGCUCGCUUUCUGGACCAGCAAGAAGCAAAGCACGUAACUGCAGGCGCGCCCCCUUUAGACGGCAGGCAUGCUCAGCUGAAUCUCCAUCAGAACGGGAAACAAGGACCAACCAGCGACUGGACAAGCAUGCAACUUCAGUUCGUCAUGCCUUGCGCCCGUAACCUUCCAAAGGCUUACGGCGCCUUGGAAAGCUCAUGAGACCCAAAAGGCAGCUUUUUUCAUGCUCGUGUUGGGUAAAAGCUAAACUCGCCUAAACGAGUCAACAUCGCCCGAGACGUGACACUCCCGCAAUGUCGUCCCCGGAUGGCAUUACUGUAUGAGCAUUUCCGACUAAUUGAAGAACCAACUAGAAUAAUAAUUAUUCCAACUUUUAUCCCAGCAUCGCACAGUUCAUGUAUACUGUACCAAUGAGACCACAUCACAGUGAUCGGUGACGAAUUUUACAACCUUAUCAUCUAGCACAACAGUCGGGCAAGACUGGAGGAGCAGUAAAUUAAAGACCCUGCGCGCAUCUUUUAUUUCCAUGGCGAAGGUGGCGCGAAGCUUCCUCCGGCACCGAACCCCUGACGUUAUCCCGCCUCCGCUCGCCGGCUCUUGCGCCACCUUUCUUAUCCUCUUCUGGCAGGGGCUUUCUUGAGCUUGCGGCCGGAGUGGUUCA